AUGGCUGAUAUAGUCGAAACAGACGAUGGCCAGAUCAGGCCCCAGACCUCCCUCCGGGACAGCCAAUCCUCCAUCAAAGGCGACUCCAAGCAUGCCGAACUGUCCAGACAGCGUGAGCCGUACGGUCCGGCAGGUCUCCGUGGUGUUAUCGCCAAUCCCUUUGUUCUGCUCUGCGCGGCAUGCUCUACCCUCGGUGGUCUGACCUUUGGCUAUGACCAAGGUGUUAUCUCCGUGACACUGGUGAUGGACCAAUUCAUUGGCAGGUUCGUUGAGAUCGCCGAAGGACAUCCGGGUUCGGGCUUUUGGAAGGGCCUGAUGACGGCCAUGCUGGAGUUGGGUGCCGUUAUUGGUGCUUUCAACCAGGGAUGGCUUGCCGAUAAGAUCUCGCGAAGGUACUCCAUUGUCGUCGCCGUCGGCAUUUUCAUCGUCGGUUCUGUCCUGCAAACCGCAGCUGUGGACUAUGCUAUGCUCACCGUUGGUCGCACGAUUGGUGGUAUCGGUAUCGGUAUGCUAUCCAUGGUUGCGCCGGUCUAUAUCUCGGAGAUCAGUCCACCAGAGUGUCGCGGCGCCCUUCUUGUUCUGGAAGAAUUCUGUAUCGUCCUUGGCAUUGUCAUUGCCUAUUGGAUUACCUACGGUACCCGGUUCAUGGCUGGAGAGUGGUCCUGGAGACUGCCGUUCCUGCUGCAGAUGGUUCCAAGCUUUGUUCUCCUUGCUGGUGUGGUCGUGCUUCCAUUUUCUCCCCGGUGGCUCGCCUCCAAGGGACGUCAUGAUGAGGCUUUGCAAAGUCUGUGCAGGCUGCGACGGUUGCCCGAGACUGAUCACCGUGUCCAGCAGGAGCUUCUUGAUAUUCAGAUUGAGGCCCGCUUCCACCAGGAGCUUAACGCAGAGAAGCACCCAAAGAUACAAGGCCCAGGGCCUAAGAAGAGCUUUCUCCGUGAGAUGGCCUCAUGGGCCGACUGCUUCAAGAGUGGCUGCUGGAGACGGACUCACGUUGCAGUCCUUGUUAUGUUCUUCCAACAGUUCGUCGGCAUCAAUGCCCUCAUCUACUACUCUCCAACGCUAUUCAAAACCAUGGGCCUCGACUAUGACAUGCAGCUGCUCAUGUCCGGAAUCAUCAACGUCACCCAGCUCGUCGGUGUCUGCACCAGUGUCUGGACCAUGGAUGCCCUCGGCCGUCGGACCCUCUUGCUCUGGGGCGCUGCCAUCAUGGGAAUCUCACAUAUCAUCAUUGCAGCCCUGGUCGGCAUCUACUCCGACAACUGGCCCGCGCACCGUACUCAGGGCUGGGUCAGUGUCGCGUUUCUCUUCCUGUACAUGCUUGCGUUUGGUGGGACGUGGGGUUCAGUUGGAUGGGCGUUGCCAGCUGAGGUCUUCUCUUCCUUCCUCCGUGCCAAGGGUGUGGCGCUGUCCACCUGCGGGAGCUGGUUCUUUAACUUUAUUAUCGGCCUCAUCACUCCUCCGUUAAUCGAAGAUACAGGCUACGGCGCGUACGUCUUCUUCGCGGUGUUCUGCAUCCUCGCUUUUAUCUGGUCUUACUUCUGCGUCCCCGAAACUAGCGGUCGCACGCUCGAGCAGAUGGACCACGUAUUUAAAGAUAACUCGUCCAGUUCUGAGCGUGCUAGAAGGCAGGCCAUUGAAAAUGAGAUGAUGGGGGAGCAUGAAAUUGUGGGUGCGUAG